UGUCACACACUCCUCACCGUUCCCCUGCUGCGCUAACGGUUCAACGCAGAUGACACACUUUCGUCCCGACUUAAGUACUUUUUGAACUUCUUCCGACCUGGAACCGAAAGUUUACACUUUGCUGCUGCUUGACAACGAAGGUACCGAGCCGCCAUGUUUUUAGCUUUAGUGGUGACGCCAGAACUCAGGGAGUUUCUGGUCCAAGUCCGGAGAGGAACGGUGCGCAUCGUCAAGGUGUGCAUUCGAGACGAGCAGCUGGUGCUGGGUGCCUACAGGGAAGCAGAGAAGAGCUGGGACCAGGACUAUGACCACUUCCUGCUUCCUAUGCUGGACGAGCAGGAGCCCUGCUACAUUCUGUACCGCCUGGACUCCCAUAAUGCACUGGGCUUCGAGUGGCUCUUUAUAUCUUGGUCUCCCGAUCACUCACCAGUGAAAGAGAAGAUGAUGUAUGCGGCAACGAGGGCCACAGUGAAGAAGGAGUUUGGUGGAGGUCACGUCAAGUACGAGAUGUUUGGAACAGUGCAGGAGGAGGUCUGCCUGUCGGGUUACUGGCAUCACGUGUCGUCCUGCUCGGGCCCCGCACCGCUCACGUUAGCUGAGAGGGAGCUGCAGAGGAUCAAAAUCUCAGAGGUGAAGGCAGAGACCAGCGUGGAAAGCAAGCAUCAGACCCUUCAAGGUUUAGCGUUUCCUCUGAAGGACACGGCCCGACGAGCCCUACAGGAAUUGUCACAGAAGCGCAUCAACUACAUACAGCUGAGGUUGGACGUGGAGAAAGAGACCAUCGAGUUGGUCCAUUCCCAGCAGACGGAGACGCAGGACUUGCCUUACAGAGUUCCUAAGGACACUCCCAGAUAUCACUUCUUCCUCUACAAACACUCCCACGAGGGCGACUACCUCGAAUCUGUCGUGUUCAUCUACUCCAUGCCGGGGUACAGCUGCAGCAUCAAGGAGAGGAUGCUAUACUCCAGCUGCAAGAGUCGCCUGCUGGAGGAAGUGGAAAGAGAGUAUCACUUGCAGGUGGUGAAAAAGCUAGAGAUUGACGACGGCGACGAGCUGACGGAGGAGUUUCUGUACGACGAGGUCCAUCCCAAGCAGUACGCCUUCAAGCAGGCCUUUGCAAAGCCGCGCGGGCCGGCAGGAAAGAGAGGACACAAGCGGCUCAUUAAGGGUCCGGGGGGCGACGUGCAGGACAGCUGAAGACAUUUGGCGGGCAUGUGAGGAGUUCAAUGAACAACUCGUACGAACACUGACGGCUCCUUGUGGCACUCCUUGCUCCAAUCAAAUAGCAGGAAGUGAUCAUGUGACUUUUCCUGUCAUCCUAUAUCUGAAUUGUUGUUCACUUGCAUUGCAUCAUCAUACAGCACACAUUUUCUACCAGCAAUCUUUGUAAGAUCCUACAAAUUCCUCAUAAAAUGUUUGUACUGUGAUCAACAAUUUCUUCUUUUCGGAGUGAAAGUCCCAGCAGUGAAUUCCUGCAUGUGUCCCAAUAACAACAACAACAACAACAGCGCCAUUAAUGGAGGCUGUCAGUACCAACGCAAAUCAAUCCUGCAGGCUUCAGGUCUAAUCUGCUGGCAUUAGACCAUCAACUCGCUCACAAGACGGAUUUCCUGUGUCUGCGGAACAUCUGCAGACUCUCAAAUCACGAGGAUGCUCGGCUAAGACACUAGCAGGUUAUACUCGGAAGACAAAUGAAUCGGAGCCAAACAAGAUGACGUCUUUUCGUAUUUUGACAUGUUUUUGUUGCAGAGAUCAGAGGUUAUCUUUGUUUGUAAUCAGCAGUGUCAUCGACUUGAACUUAGUGGUACAUUCGAGGACAGCAAAAAAAAGUGGUCUAUGUCGCUACUGACACAGGAAGCUGGUACAGGAUCAUCUCAAAAUAAUAAUCGUACAUGUAUGGACAUGAAAAUAAUAAUUACACAUGUAUUAAUAUUAAAAGAAUACUGCAUGAACAUCAAAAUAAUAGCGCAACAUGUACUAUUAUUGUAGUACAGUGUGUACUAUUAUUGUGGUACAAUGUAUUCUAAUACUGUAGUACAGGGGUCACCAACCUUUUUGAAACCAAGGGCUACUUCUUGGGUACUGAUUAAUGCGAAGGGCUACCAGUUAGAUACACACUUAAAUAAAUUGCCAGAAGUAGCCAAUUUGCU